AUGAACAAUUCUUCAAUACCCCCAGCCCAAUUAGGCCUUAGCCCCUCGUCUAGCAUUCGUCACACACGCUCCCUCGAGAACUUUUCUCCACCACCUUUGUAUCAGCAUGUAAUAUGCAAUUAUUCAUUCACUGAACGCAUUUGGAUGAAUUGGACAAAUAAUAACCCUUAUAAGUACCAGUUACCCAUAUGGAAUGUGUCCAUAGCUAAUGAAACCAAUGCAUUAUGUUUGUUUGAUGGUUCACGGAAAAUUGUAAGAUCUUAUAACGCAGAAAUGUGCACAGUUAAGGUUGCAUAUCAAUGUAAACAGACAGGCCUUAUUACUUUUAAUAGUGAUUAUACAACUGGUACCAUUAAUUGGAAAAGGGGACAAAUGUUAGUCAUUAUGAACGACACUGCAAUUGAGAACUAUACACUACCUUAUAUUUUUACACCUUAUUACUGUCCUUUAUCCUCUACCAUAGAACCAAAAGUCAACAACGACACACACACACCUAUUCCAUCCACAUGUGUUAAUACAACGGUCUUCUUACAAGCUGUACAUGUGUCAUUAAAAAUCACUACUCCUGUUGUAACAUUAUGUAACACAGCAAACAAAAGACAGAAAAGGGAAUGGUAUGACACACUGUUAGGAGGUGCUGGAACCACUAUGGGUAUAUUAAAUAGUAUAGACAUGGAGACCCUCAAGAAUAAGUUAAACACAGCCAGCAUGCAUAUAGGGACUGGUUUCCAUGCUACUGCAAACUGGGCUCCAACUGUUGUUAAAUCACAGGUUACAGGAUUGGAUUUAGAUAAAUCAAUGUAUAAUUAUUUAGAUAAUUUAACUGUUGCAACUAUGAAAUUCACUACAGGUCUAAGUAACUGGAGUACUUGUGCCAUCAGGUAUUUAUGGAUGCAACAACAAAGAUCUGCAUUAGAAGACACACUAAUGAUUCCUAAAUUAGAGAAGAUUAGAGGAAUGCUUAAUCUCACAGAUAAUGAAUGGUUACUCCUAAAACCCCAAUCCACUAAAUGCAAUGAAUGGUUAACUGGUACUGUUUCACAUUUUUCAUGCUCUUGCUAUUUUACAUUAUAUCAUACAUCAUCAAAGGAUGUUAAAUUAGCUUGUCAAUUUAACACAUUACCAGUACCAGUUUAUGAUCUCUUUGCCAUGAAUAUAACCUGGUGGGCACCCACAUACACAGGGGACUAUAUUUUUCCCAAAGAUAAUAUGACCUAUUCCCUCAAACACUGUGUUCUCACUGACAAAGGAUAUGCAUGUAGACACUCGUCCCCUAUUUACGAACCAUGCUUACUCCAGAAUGAACUUAACAAAUGCAUAUGGCACAUAUAUCCUGAAAAUUAUUUUACCAUGACAGAAAUAAGUACACGACAUAUCUGUUUAGCAACUAAUCUCCCUACAAAGAUAAUUACUAGCAGUACAAGUAUUAAUCUACCUCUCCCUUUUUCAGGAUGUUUGACUAAUAUUACCUGGUUAGAUCUUAAUGGUACCCAAUAUUAUUUCAGCGACACAAUUACUUUAGACAAACAUAUUAACGCCCUAUUAGGCUCGCUGCCUUUUGAAGAUUAUCAUUUACCUCUUGAGACUAUUAUCUCCCUAAUGAAAGGAAAACAAAAUAUGUUUAAACAUCUUGUUACACAUAAUGAUGCUCUAAUACAUACACAGGUAGCCACACAUAUCUUAAAAGGAGAACUCUUUAAGUCCUAA